CCCACGCUCUGGCCAUAUACAACCUCCGCCACCAGGACGCACUUAAGACCGCGCUUGGCCAGACGUGGUGGAUAAACUUUAGGGAGCGGCACCACCAUCGCCUUACAGCCCGGACCCCAGACAUCAUUGACCGUGGGAGGGCAUCCUGUGCCAAGAGGGGGGCCAUCGAGGAGUAUUUCAGGCUCCUCACCACCUCCCGCCCCAGCCGCAGAAAAACAGUGCCCCUCGGGGCUGCUCCAGCCACCAGCUCCGGCCUUUCCAACGCCGGUCCCUCAGCCUCUUGUGCCUCCCAUGGUCCCCGGCUGCCUGCCACCACCAAUACACCAGCGAGCCUGCCUGUUGAGGGACAUUACCACCUUCCCCCAUCUCCUGGUCAGCAAGUCUCUGUGCCUUCAACAUCAACCGCAGCAGGCCUCCGAGGGUCCCAAGCUCCUUCCUCUCCCUCCCACUACUCUCAAGACCGGACAACAACCCUGUCAUCAAGCUCCUCGUCCUCGCCUGCUGGACCCACGACAUCCACCGGUCACACCACUGAAGAAAUGGAGCAGAUGGUUCGGUGGUGUGGCCGGUGCAGGGAACCUGACCCUCCGGAGAGUUCGGAGGGAUUGGUGUCGUGGCACUCUAAGAGAGCAGAAAAUGGGUUCCACGAUAUCUAAAGAGAUUGAGAGCAUGGCUUCAAGCCAAGAGCAGACAGAUACUACUGACGAAGACAAUGUAGUAGGAAGAGCAGUUGAUCAACAAGAGCAGACUGAUCCUACUGACCAAGACAAUGCAGUAGGAGGAGCAGUCGACCAACAAGAGCAGACAGAUCCUACUGACCAAGACCAUGCAGUAGGAGGAGCAGUUGACCAACAAGAGCAGACAGAUCCUACUGACCAAGACCAUGCAGUAGGAGGAGCAGUUGACCAACAAGAGCAGACUGAUCCUACUGACCAAGACAAUGAUACUACUGACCAAGACAAUGCAGUAGGAGGAGCAGUUGACCAACAACAGCAGACAGAUCCUACUGACCAAGACAAUGAUCCUACUGACCAAGACAAUGCAGUAGGAGGAGCAGUCGACCAACAACAGCAGACAGAUCCUACUGACCAAGACAAUGCAGUAGGAGGAGCAGUCGACCAACAACAGCAGACAGAUCCUACUGACCAAGACAAUGAUCCUACUGACCAAGACAAUGCAGUAGGAGGAGCAGUUGACCAACAAGAGCAGACAGAUCCUACUGACCAAGACAAUGAUCCUAAUGACCAAGACAAUGAUCCUACUGACCAAGACAAUGCAGUAGGAGGAGUUGACCAACAAGAGCAGACAGAUCCUACUGACCAAGACAAUGCAGUAGGAGGAGCAGUUGACCAACCACCUGAUGACCUGCAACACCGUGAGAGUCAGGAAAAAGAACUAAUGGAGCUCCGUGAAAAUGUCCAAACUCAAAGAGGUUUGAUUGCAAAGUGCAAUGCUCUGAAUUUGGCCAAAGAGGCCAUUGAGAAAGACUUGAGACAAGAAAUUCAGGAGCUAAAGAAUACGCUGACGCUGUACAAAGCAGAGCACCUGAGAGCAAAUGAGGCUCUGCAGCAAGAGAUUGAGGAGCUCCACAAAAGGCUGUCUUCGGAGGAAAGGUGUGAUGCAAAGAGGGACACAAUUGAAGCCAUGAGGCUCCAAAAUGACACAAUGAGAGAGGAGUUCGAGGAGCUCAAGAAGAAUCGUCAAACUAUAAAAGCUUUGGAUGAAGUCUUCGAUGCACAUCGGGCAGAGGAAGAGGCGAUUAGCAAGGAAAACGACGAACUCCAACAACGUAUUCAGGACAUGCGCAAAGACAUCCGUAAUGAAAAGUCUUUGCAGGAAAUGGAUAACAUGGUGAUAGCAUCACAUGUGGUCCUCAGAAAACAAAGUGACGCACUGAAACAACAACUCAUGGAGCAAACCAAAAAGUAUGACGAACUGAAAGUUCGGGAAGUCAUGUGGAAGGAGAGGAAGAGCAGCAUGGACUUAUUGAGCAGAGAAAAUGAUAACAUCGAACAACAAGUUCAGGCGAUUACAAGAAAGGUCCAGAACAAAGAAAACUUGGAGAAGAAAAACAGGCACAUUAAAUCAGAAGAAAAAGUCGUCUCGACCAGAAAUACAGAGCUUCUCAAAAUACGUGGAAAGCUCUACUCAAAGCUUGUAUGUAUCGGCGACCCUGAAAACGAUUGCCAAACUGUGGCAGACGAGAUAGAAGCCAUGAGAGAGUUCAAUCAGAAUCUCCAAGAAGAAAUCCAGGAGCUCAACGAGGAGGUCAUAAACAAAACUGCUUUGCAAGCAAAAUAUAAAUCAAUGAAAGCAGAGAAAAAGGUUCUAACUCACGAAAAUGCCAACCUGUAUAAAGAACUUCAGGAGCAUCACAAAACGAUUGCAAAGGAACAAGCUUUGAAAGACAGGAAUGCUAUCCUUGCAGAAGAAAAUCAAUUAGUGCGUGAUCAAAACCUCUCACUUGACUACGAGAUCCAGGAGCUCUACAGCAGACUCCAAAGUGAGAAAGUAUUGGAGGCCUCACAUCAGUUGCUGAAGGUGCAAAAAAAUGCCAUGAGACAGCAAAAUGAUUCACUUCGACGAGAGGGCCGGAUGCUCCAUAAAAGGUUGAGAAGACAAGAAACUUUACAAAAUCAGUGCAAAGCGACGAACGCGGAGAAAGAGAACAUCAGCCGAGAGCGUGACAUCCUACAACAACAAAUCCAGCUGCUGAACAGCAUGUGAGGAGCUGUGUUGUGGGUUUACUCCGGGUGCUCCGGUUUACCUCUCACAAAAAAAGCUGAAAUAUGACAGUUGUGUCAUACCCUCGAACACCGUGGUGGACACCGGUGGUCAGGGAA